AUGAGUGGCGCGAGACUGUGCUCUCUAGUGGCGGAGCUAGGUUACGAAGGCGCCGGAAAGUUGGACCCCGACAGCUUCGAAUGGCCGUUCCAGUACGACGAUGCCCGCCCUAUCCUCGACUGGAUCUGUUCCUCUCUUCGUACCUCCAAUGUCCUCUCACUCGCCGAACUCUCCCUAUAUGAGCAAUUUGAAAGAGAAGGGAAACUCUUAGAGGGCGAGGAUCUAGACCAGGCCUAUGAUAGCAUAUCAGCAUUUUCUUCCAGGAGAAAUAACCAGGAGGCAGUAUUUGGAGCAGAAGAAAGCAUAAAAGAAGUAAGAGAUGCAACUUUGGCGCAUAAGGCUGAAGCCUUGGAGCUGCAGAAGCAACUAAGGCGGUUACAGACUCAAUAUGAUUUACUCACUGGCCAAUCUUCAGCUCUGAUUCAGGGGAGACGUGCUCGAGUUGCUGCAACUUCUGCUGUCACUGGACAGAUAACAGCUAUAGAAGACAGCUUAUCUGCUAGAAAUUUGCAGAUGAACGGAGUUCUGGGAAGACUGGCUUCCACUUCUCAAGAGCUGGCGCAUUAUCAUUCUGGUGAAGAGGAUGGAAUCUACUUAGCAUACUCUGAUUUUCAUGCCUACUUGGCUGGUGAUUCAGCCUGCACAAAGGAGCUAAAUCAGUGGUUUGCUAAGCAGCUAGACACAGGGCCAUAUCGUUUAGUUGCAGAGGAAGGAAAAUCGAAAUGCUCAUGGGUUAGUCUUGAUGAUACAUCAAACAUGUUGCGAGCAGAUUUGGAAAAGUCACAGCAUGAGCGUGUAUCUGAACUGCAACGGCUUCGAUCUAUCUUUGGAACAAGUGAGAGACAAUGGAUUGAAGCCCAAGUCGAGAAUGCUAAGCAACAGGCUAUUCUCUUGACACUCAAAUCUCAAGUAACUUCACUUGAAGCUCAUAUUCAUUUUGAUCUGCAUUCUCUAAGGAGAAAACAUGCAGAUCUAGUAGAAGAAAUCUCAACCCUUUAUCAGAAAGAAGAAAAACUCUUAUCUGAGACUAUUCCGGAACUAUGUUGGGAGCUCGCUCAACUCCAGGACACCUAUAUCUUGCAAGGUGACUACGAUCUAAAGGUCAUGCGUCAAGAAUUGUAUAUAAGUAAACAAAAAGUGUUCAUCAGUCACCUGGUUAAUCAGCUUGCAAGACACCAGUUCUUGAAAUUAGCAUGUCAGCUAGAAAAGAAAAACAUGCUUGGAGCUUUCUCUCUACUAAAAGUGAUCGAAUCCGAACUCCAGGGUUACCUCUCCGCCACAAGAAGCCGUGUGGGACGGUGUUUGUCACUGAUCCAAGCUGCAUCAGAUGUGCAAGAACAGGGAGCAGUAGAUGACCGUGAUAGCUUUUUACAUGGAGUUAGAGAUCUCUUGAGCAUACACUCAAAUGUCCAAGCCGGGUUAUCAACCUAUGUCUCAGCUCCGGCCAUCAUUCAGCAGAUAGUUUCUCUUCAGUCGGAUCUUUCGUCUCUUCAGUCUGACCUCGAGAAUUCUCUUCCAGAUGACAGAAAUAGAUGCAUUAACGAGCUGUGUACCCUUAUCCAGAACCUACAACAGCUACUCUUUGCAUCUUCAACCACAGCGCAACCCAUAUUGACACCAUGGCCGCUGAUGAAAGAACUUGAUGAAAUGGGGAAAGUCAACUCCAAACUCUCUGCAGCAGUAGAAGAAGUAACCCUUGAGCACCGCGAGAAACGGGAGAUCAUGAAGCAUCACUCAAAGGACGUGGAACUUCAAAGGCGGGUAUUCGUGGACUUUUUCUGUAACCCGGAGCGAUUGAGAAGCCAAGUGAGGGAACUCAAUGCACUCGUUCGUGCUCGUCAAGCCUCAUCAUAG